AUGCAAUUGCAAUAUGUUGCUAUAUUAUCUAUACUAAAAUAUACAGAUGCCGUAACAUCGUAUAACUGUCAUACCGGUUUUGUUGGUCGUACUGCCGUUAAGGAUACCAUUAGCAGUAUUCGUAAUGUAAGAGAAAGGCGAAUGUGUGUGGCUGAAUAUUGUAUUCAAGUUGUUAUUCACAAAACCGUUGAUAAAAAAGGCGAAUCUUUAAGUCAAAAGCUAAACGGAAAGUACGAAGGUUUAAAAGCAAAUGUUGCGGAAAAGAUAGCUUUUGGUUGUCGAAUUGGACGAUUGCAUGAGAGAACAGUCGCUGUAAUUAGGUCGCCAAUUGAAUCAUUAUCUUAUAAAGAGAUGCCAAUGAAGAAAAGACAUUGA